AUGUUCACAUGGUCCUCAUCUGAAUUGUACUUAUCAGUCGGGCACAUCGCUGAGUCAUGCGCGUCUGAACAGCGCCUGUGCUACAACUGUCGUCAGCCAGGCCACGAAAGUGCCAACUGUCCGGCUCCGCGCACUGUCAGUGCCAAGCAGUGCUACUCGUGUGGUGGAAUCGGGCAUGUGCAGGCCGACUGCCCCAGUCUGAGGGUGGCGGCGGCUGCGUCUGGUGGAGGGACCAUGAAGUGCUACGGUCACAUCGCACGUCUUUGCCCCACUAGCAACUCGGGCUUCUCCAUGGCUUUCCGCGGUGGACCUGGUGCCGGUCGUGGUGGUCCGCCCGGAGGAGGUCCCAUCAAGUGUUACCGCUGCGGGCAGCUCAACCACUAUGCCCGUGACUGUAUGGCCGCGCCUGGAACGACCCCGGCGCUGGAUGCGCCAUUGGCCGCUGGAAGCGCUGCCGGGGUGAGGCCCUCGAAGACUUGCUACCGGUGCCACGAGGAGGGUCACGUAAGAGUAUUCUAG